UUACAAGCUGUAAAUUCAAUGAUGAGGAAGGAGGACACUAAUGAUCCUUGCAGAAGUGUUUGUGUCUCCCAGUAGAAUCCUAGGUGCCUAAUAGGGCUUCUACUUUAACAGAAUAUACGCAGACAUAUACAUACAUACUCAUUACAAAUCCCAAAUGUUUAUCAUGCUUUAACCAUCAAUUAAGCUUCACAUCUUCUUGUUUCUAUAUUUUAUAAUCCCAAAAAUUGGAUCUUUUUACUUCAAGAUUGCAGAUUCAGUCCCUAAAGAACAAUUCCUGGAGGGGUUUUGUUCAACCCCUUUUUACAUUUCAGACUAAAGUAAGCGUUACACAUUAUAACCUUCUACCAUGCUCAAGCAAAUACUUGCGAAACUCCCCAAGAAGUCAUCAAAAUCAAACUCAGAAGAUUCUUCUUAUGGGAGCAUUUCCAGCAACAAUUUGGUUGAUGUAAUCAAUGGAUUCCAAUUUAUCAACAGCUGCAAUGCAAUUACAAGUCGUUUGAAUGCUGUUAAACGGAUGUCUUCAUCAAUUUUCCCUGCCGGAACUGAGAUGCUUGAGCCUCAUAUAUCAUUCAAAGACAUUCCUAACUCAGAUAAACAAAAUCUGUUUGUUAGCAAACUAAAUUUUUGCUCUUUAGUGUAUGACUUCAGCGAUCCAGAAAAGCAAUCAGCGGAAAAAGGUCUUAAACGCCAGAUACUGGUAGAGCUCAUUGAGUUUCUUGCUUCCGAUUCUGCAAAAUUCAGUGAACAAGCAAUUGCUGCUAUGUGUACAAUGUGUGCAAAUAACCUGUUCCGAGAAUUCCCACCUAAGUAUACCACUCGUCGUGUACGUGGUGAGACUGAAGCUGAUGAACCGUUGUUUGAUGUUGCUUGGUCACAUUUGCAACUUAUAUAUGACAUACUGCUUCGGUUUUUAAGUUAUAACUCUCUCGAUGCAAAGAUAGCCAAAAAGUAUGUUGAUAAUUGUUUUAUAUUGAAAUUGCUUGAUCUGUUUGAUUCUGAGGAUCCAAGAGAACGAGAUUGUUUGAAAGCAAUUCUGCAUCGGGUGUAUGGAAAGUUUAUGGUGCACAGACCUUUCAUCCGGAUGGCUGUGGCAAAUAUCAUCUAUCGCUUUGUUUAUGAAACUGAUCAUCAUAAUGGAAUAGCAGAGCUGUUGGAAAUUUUUGGAAGUGUAAUUAGUGGAUUUGCUUUACCCUUGAAGAAGGAACACAAGCUGUUUUUGACAAAGGCUCUUAUUCCCUUGCAUAAACCAAAGUCCGUUGGUAUAUAUCAUCACCAACUAACCUAUUGUAUUGUUCAGUUCGUAGAGAAGGAGCCAAAGUUGGCUGGAAUUGUUAUAGAGGGAAUGUUAAAAUGUUGGCCAGUAAGUAAUAGCCAGAAGCAACUUAUGUUCUUGAGCGAGUUAGAAGAGCUAAUGGAAAUGAUUAGUUUAGAAGAAUUUGAAAGGAUCAUGGUUCCUAUUUUUCGACGUAUAAGGUUCUGCCUCAGAAGCUCCCAUUUCCAGGUGUCUGAGCGUGCCCACCUCUUUUGGAACAACGACAGCAUUCUUGGCCUUAUUAUGAAGAACCGACAAGUGAUCAUGCCUCUCAUCUUCCCAGCUCUUGAGCAGAACUCACAGAACCACUGGAACCGAGCAGUGCUUAAUCUGACAGAAAACUUGAAGAAAAUGUUCUCUGAGAUGGACAGUGAGCUACUCCUCGAAUGUCAAGACAAGUUUGAGAAAGAAAAUUCAAAUCUGAGUCUGGUAACUGAGAGGCGAAAACUAACAUGGGAGCGCCUUGAAAAUGAUGCUGGUCUUCAGCCAGCGGCCAACAAUAUAUCAACCAGGGCAGAAUCUUCACCUUGCGUUGUUGUUUGCUGAAUCGUUCAGCAUUUUUUAAGUAGGAUCUUGAUUUCGGGUAUACUUUGGACGAGCUUAGGUUGUACGGUUAUUAUUAUUUUUGAAUAUAUUUCGAGUGUACCCGGUGUGCAACUGAUAUCUUUCUUCUGAAUGUUGGCACUUUGAAUGGUUCGAGCAAGUUUGGUCUUAA